UUUUUCUUCCGGGUUACGUGCUGAUGUGGCCAAACUUACAGGAAGAGACGCGGAGCGAAGUAGGAGAAGAGACUGUUUGAUUGUUAUCAUUAGACUGCGUCCAGCAGCGGUCAUCCUGUCACCGUGUCAGCAGUGUCCACUGUCAGAGGGGCGAUGCUGAGCCGGCUAUCUGGAAUUGCCAAGGGGGUGAACUCAGUGCUGCAUGAGCUAUCUGGGGAUGGCAGUGAGGAUCCCCAGCAGGCAGAGGAAGGCAAUACAGCUCACGAACAUUUUGCAGAGGAAGAUGUUGUGCAGCGAUUAUCUGACACGGAGCAGCUGGUUGAGGAACUGAAGAAACUGAUCAAAGAGAAAGAUGCCAAACUGCAGCUCACUGAGUCCAAGCUCAAGGAGGAAAGGGAGGCAGCAGAAGCCAAGAUGGCCAAGCUGAAACUUCAGGCCAAAGCCAAGGUGUUAUCACUGAACAAGCACAUUGAGGAACUGAAAAUGCAACAUUCUGGUACCGAAAUUGUGGUGAGCCCAAACACAAGUCUUACUUUAGAUCCUGGCAUUGAGGAAGAAAUUGAAAAGCUUCGGGCUCAAGCACAACAUGCAGAGGCAGAUGCACAGAACUUGCGAGAGAUGGUACAGCAUCUUCAGAGUGAGCUGAUGUUGUCUGAAGAAAAACUCCAAAAAAGUGAGACCUUGCAUGCUGAGCAGUUACAGUCUCUUCAGGAAGUGGUCCGUGAAAAAGACCUGUUAUUCCAAGAGCAAGUGUGCCGUCACAAGGAGGAGCUUACAAAUUUGGCUUCACAGUCUACACAACAAACAGAACUGCAGCAGCUUUCAAAGACAUUGCAGAGGAAAGUGGAAGAGAUGGAGGAAGCCCUCCAUGCCCGCUCCCAGGUCAUUGAGAUGCUUCAGCAUGAGCUGGAUAGCUGUGAGCAGCAGAGACAGGUUCUUAACAAUCAGUUCACCCAGAUGGAGAAAGAUCUACAGAUUUCCCAGGAGUUACUGGAGGAAGAGAGACUGCGUUGGACAGCUGAACUCUCAAGUGCAAAGGAAUCCACAAAUAGCGCAUUUCAUGAGAAGUUGGAGGCUGAACAGGCACUUAGUGGGCUGCGAGUGGCUUUGUGUUCACUGGUCAAUACCAUGCAUGCCCAGGAGGAAGAAAGAGAGGAGCUGUCAUAUCUGGACGUGGCUACACCUCUUCCAGUUCUACAGGAGAAAGUGAAUAUAGUCGAAAAGAAGCUUAAGGAGAAAAAUAUACAGUGCAAACAGCUAAAGAGUGACCUGCAGAAGAUAGAGUUGGAAUCACAGCAUGUAUCUGUGGAGCUACAGAGAGUUAGAGAGACUUCAGCCGUUCAGAUCUGUGAUUUGGAGCAGCAGAUUGACAAGCUGCAGAAGGUGGAGUUGGAACUACUGAGAAACAAGGUUGCAGAGUUGGAGGAGGAGAAGGGCUCCCUCCAGCUACAUGUUGUAGACUUUGAAGAACUGCGCACUGAAAAUGAGUCUCUUCGGUUGGAAUUGAGCAGGUUGCAGACGAUGAAUAGCUCACCUGAGCUCAUAGUUGGGGAGGCUGUGGAAGGUAUUACAAGCGAGCAAGUGAUCAUCUGUGAAGACAUGCCUAUUGCUACUGUCGUAAUGACACAUUCUCCCUCCCCUGCAGAAUUUUCCAGCUAUGCUUUAGAGAUGGAGGAAGGAAACGCCAACCUGCUGCUUGAGAGUGGAUCAGCACUGAUCACUGAUGAGACCCAUGUUGCUGAAAGCAGCUUGCUACACUCAGUUGUCAACAUAGAUCCAGUCACAAUAAUUUCUCAGACUGAUGGGUGUGAAGGAAAAGACACAGCUCUGCUGGAAGAUUCAAAGGAGUAUUUCAGUAGUAUUGAGCAGACUAGUAGUCACCAGGAGAAAGAACUUGAAGUAACAACUACAGAGGAACCUUCCUCAGUUGAGAAAUUUCAGAAUAUUACAGAACCUUUCCCAGAGUACUCGGAGACAAGUCAGCUUCAGGAGAUAUUGGAAGACCAACAGAAAUCAUCAGACCAUUGUUUAGACCAUAUUGUCACUACUGCCUGGGAAGCAUCACUUCAGGAAGUAAAUGUGGUAGUAGGCUUGGAUCACACCACAGAGCUCAUGCAGGAUGAGCCAACUUCGGUUGUUCAACCUCAUGUGGUUAUAGAAAAUCUUCAGUUGCCUCUUCAAGAAUCCAAAGAUAUGCAGGUUCCAGUAGAUAGCCAUCAUGAGCACAGAGAUGAGGAAAAUCAUGGCUUUAAAACUGUUUUAUGUGAAAAUAUGGAAAAGUUAGAAAACCAGCUUGGGGAUCAAGUUCAGGAGGAGCUACUGGGUCCCACAAAGAUAGAAACAGAACCCAUGGUGACAGAUCAACCUGAGCAUGAUGAGCAAAACAGCUUUGACAUAGAGAAUGUGCAAGAGCCAGAGGCCAGUGCUAUAAACCCAGUGUUGCCCUUGCUGUCUCAGGUUGACAUGCUUCAGCACCAGAUGAUUGAGAAAGAGCAGCUUAUAUAUGACCUUGCACAAAAGCUGGAAGCAGCAGAGGUCAAGUCUGGAAUGCUUACUCAAGAGACAUCUGAGCAUUAUCAGGAGCUAAUGGAGAAAACCGAAGAGAUUUGUGUCCUGCGGAGGCAGCUCCAGGAAAAGGAGCAAGAGGCAGCUACGGCACUCCUUACCAUGUCUUCCAGAGUGGAUAAGAUCAAUGAGGAAAAGACUUCUCUGAGCAGUGAGAUGGACAAGCUCAAAGAACAACUUUUUAACCUGGAAGAUCUAGAGCAGAAGUUUGGUACAGCUAGGGAAGGUUGGAUGAAGGACAGAGAAGAUCUGCUAGUUCAGGUAAAUGCAACCAAGAAGGAAAGUGAACAAGUGAAAAAGAAGCUUCAGACUGCCCUUGUCAGCAGGAAAGAACUUCUGAAGAAAGUGAAAGUCAUGGAGGAUACUUUGGAGACACACCAGGAAGGGGAAAGAACCGAGAAUGAUAAAGCCGUGUGUGAUCUGGAGAUACUAGUCGGUGAUUUGAAACAUAGUUUGCAACAGAAGGAAGAACGUAUUGCUUUGUUGGAGAACCAAGUCUCCCAGCAAUUAUCUGCUUCUCCCAACUCAUGCUUCCCACCAUCCACAGGUGAAGUAAUACAGCAGGAAAGGCAAGACCUACUUCAAGAGUCCAAACUGCAGGAACCAGGUGACUCUAGUGGCCAAGGCAAGCAGCCAGAAGUGUCCAAUGUCCAAGUGGGUCAACUGACAGAUGUGUCUAUCAACAAAGAGUAUGCAGAGGCAGGCCUUCUUGAAGUUGUGCCCCAGACACUUCAGAAAGAUUUGGAAGGAUGGAACACUGAGUGGGUAGACUUCUCUACACCAACGGCAAUAGAGUCUUACUCAGAGGUAGAGCAGGACCUACUAACUAAGUUAGGAGAACAGCUGCGUAUUGAACAGGCAGCAAAGGAGAAGCUGGAGUCCCAAUUGCAGGAAUCUCAGUCCAAUCUUGUUCAGAAACAGGCUGAGUUGAAUUCUCUGUUGCUGAAUAUGCAAGUCCUGCAGGACAAAGAGAAGCAGAUUGACUCCCUGGUGGUUGAAAUGGAAGCAAUGAAAGGCAACUAUCAAGAGGCUGAAGCCCAUACAAAGACUCUGAAAGCAGAGAUGGAAGCUGAUCAGGCCAAGUCAUCCAUUUCUGAACUUCAGAUGGAGGUGGAAGAGUUCAAGAGAUUUCUUGGCCAGAAGAAUGAAGAGAUCUCUGAUCUGAGUUGUCAACUGAAUGAUCAGAAUAUCAUCUUGAAGACAUUGCAGGAGACGGUUUCAGAAAAAGACAAACUAAUCUGUACUUUGCAGGAGGAGCGAAGUAAGAAUCUGCAACAGGAGGAGGAGGGAGGUUCCAAGCAAAAGGAAAUUCAGCGCAAACUUCAGGCUGCACUCAUCUCCAGGAAAGAGGCACUGAAGGAGAGCAAAAUGCUAAAGGAGGAGCUGACAAUUGCAAGCAGGGCCCAAGCAACUCUGACUGAAAGUAUCAAUGUGCUAGAAAAAAGAUUGGAAGAACUGAAAGAGACCACAGCAGAGAUGAAGAAGCUGAAGGAGGAGAAAAUAAAACUAAUUGAGGAGGUGGACCAAACUCUGGUGCAGAACCACAGCUUGACUGCAACCUGUGACAGUCUCAAACUUGCUAUGGAGGCUGUGGUGCAGGAGAAGCAGAGUCUUCAGAGGGAGCUGGACCUUGCAAGAACAGCAGCAGAAGGGGAAAUUGCAGCCUGGCAGGAGAAGUUGAAAGGCCUUCAGGAUGAUUAUGAGGAGCUACUGAAGUCCUAUGAGAAUGUAAGUGAUGAGGCUGAACGUACGCGCAGAGUGCUGGAGGCUGCACGUCAAGAAAGACAAGACCUUCUGGCCAAAGUAAGAGCCAAAGAGACAGAGAAACAGGAGGUCCUAGACCAUCUGCAGGAGAGUAGGAAGGAGGUGGAAGAGAUUAAAGAGAAGAUGAGAAAGUUUGCCAAGUCCAAGCAGCAGAAGUUGCUGGAACUUGAAGAGGAGAAUGAGAGACUACGCUUAGAGGUGCACUCAGUUGAUGAUCAAAAGCAACAUGAGCUUGAAGCACUUAAGAAAAAGAAUGAGACUCUAGAAUUGGAAAUAUCACAACUACAGCAGCAGAUAGAGUUGACGCCUCAAGAAGAGACCAUCUGUUUGACUUACAGAAUGCCAGACGGACAAGUGCCUCUAGCUGUAUCAAAGCAGCACAAAGUGAUGGAGCUGGAAGGAGAAAAAGAGAGCUUGGUGGAACAUUCUGCUGAGGAGAAGGAGCACCAGGAAGAGUUGGAGGCAUUAAGAAGGAAGACCGAAGCUCUGGAACUGGAAGUAUCAGAGCUGCAGCGGCGGUUGGAGAUGAGUACCUCUAAAGAAGCACUCUCUGUAUCCCCUUCUAGGCUGCCAGAUGGACAAGAACCUUUGAUGGUGCAUGAUGGACAUGUAAGCACUCCUGCUGCACUGGAUGUCGAUGUUCAGACAGAGGAAAGAGUAUCGGAGAAAGAGAGCCUCCUGCAGCGCCUCCUUAUGGAAAGGGAGGGAGAGCUUCAAGAAGCCGAACUACAUAGAAGUGCCAUGGAAGCUGAAAAGGAUGACCUUGAGGAGAAGCUUAUGAAUCAGUUAGCAGAAUUGAACUGUGCUAUUGCCAACAGCCAGCAGGAAGCUCUGGAGAAACAGGAGACAAUUGUAGCAUUGCAGGGUGUGGUAAAAGAGCUCCGGCAGAAGGAGACUGACCUACAAAGGGAGCUCUUGGGGACAAAGGAUGAGGCCAAGAAGGAACAUGACCGUGCAGAGCAGCUGAAUGAAGAGAAACGGCAUCUCCAGAGGGACAAGGCUCACCUAGAGGCAGGAAGACUCCGGGAAUUUGAGCAGAAGCUAAAGGCAGCUCAGCAAGGUAAGGAAGGCAGUCAAAAUUAUGCCAGGCAGCUUCAGGAUCUCCUCCGAGAGAAACAAGCCGAGGUCAGACAGUUGCAGAAGGACUGUAUAAUGUACCAAGAAAGGAUAAGCAGCGUAGAGAAGUGUGUAAAAACAUUGGAGCUUGAGAGGGAUGAAGCCCAUCAAGAGCUUCAGGUGGCCAGCCAGCAAGGUAAGAAUUUAGAGGCAGAACUCUCACGGUAUAAGGUCCGGAUUGAUGACAUCCAAAGCGAGGCUGGAAAGGCCCUAGCUGAAAGGGAAAGGUUAAGCUCAGAACUGAGAACCCUGGAGCAGAAGGCAAAGGAGAGAAUUCAGGAAACUGAAAACACAGCUAAGCAGAGGCUGGAAGCUGAGCUAAACAAGCAUCAAAUGGAGGCCCGCCUAGCUGUGGAAAGGCUGGAGGCUUUGCAGAGGGAUAAGGAAAGGGCCGAAGUCUCUGCUGCAGAUGCCAGAGCUAUGGUGAAAACUAAUGAAAGCCAGAUCAUUCUGAUGCAAGCCCGUCUCGAUGAGAGUCUGGCGAAACUGGCUGCAUUUGGGCGCUCCAUGUCCUCACUGCAGGAUGAUCGAGACCGUGUGUUAGAUGAAGCCCGCCAGUGGGAGAACCGUUUCCACAAUAGCCUUCAAGGAAAAGAAAAAGAAUUGAGGGAGCGGGAGCAGGAGUGUCGUACCCUGGCUGAGAAACUGACCCAAGAAGUGCAUCUCAGAGAAGAGUUACAGGAGCAGGUUUUACGACUGGAAAACAGUUGCUCUGAUCUGAAUUCCAGGAUUCAGGCAGCUGAAAACAAACACCAGCAAGCACAGGAUGCAUUACUGGAUGAAGCCAAGCAUCUCCGCAAACUGCUGGAAGAGUCUGAGACGAGUUUGGUGGAGGCCCAGAAAGACCUGGCUGCUUUGCGAGAUAGUGAAGCAACUGUGAGGGAGUGCUGCUUUGCCCUGGAGAAAAGCCUUGACAAAGAAAAGGAAGCACAGGAGGCUCUGGAGAAAGCCCUUAGGGUCCUGGAGGCAGAAAACCAUCAGCAAUGUCUCAGUAUAGAGCAACUGCAAGCUGACCUACGGGCCUCAAAAGAGCUGACCGAGCUCCUGCAGGGACAACUGGCCAUGAAAGAGCAGAAGGAAGUAGAGCUUCUUGAAGCUAAAGAAUUGGCUUUGGCCCAGGCUGUUGAGGAGGCUCGCACACCACUGGAGUCAAGAGUGAGAACUUUAGAGAGUGAAGUUGCCCAGAGGCAGCUGGAGGCACAGGAACUGCAGGAGAAGGCCAGGAGAGCCGUAGAGGAAAGUAGCCAGAAUCGUUCACAGCUUGUUGCCUUCACCAGCUCUAUGACAUCCCUUCAGAAUGACCGGGACAGGAUCCUGAGUGACUACAAGCAGCUGGAAGCCCGCCACCUGCAGGCCAUUCUAGAGAAGGAUGCAUUGAUUCAAGAGGCAGCAGCUGAGAAUAACCGACUCAAGCAGGAGCAGAGAGGGCUACUGGCCAAGGUAGAUGACUUGAAUGCUGACAAUGCCAAGCUGGGUGCACAACUUUUGCGCUAUCGGCAGGACUUGACGCAAGUGCUUGGCAUGAAGGACUCCCAGCACAAGCAGCUUUUGAAGGCCCAACUUGAAAGAAUUGAGGCUCUUGAAGUGGAGAAGGCAAAGUUGGAAAAGCAAGAAGAAGCAGCACAGCAGGCCAUUCAGGCCUUGGAGCAAGACAAGCAAGAGCUGAUGGAUAAGCUCAAGCAGAACCCUACUGAGUCAGAACUUCAUGCUUUGCAGGAGAAGCUCCUAAUUCUUGAAGCAGAGCUAGAGGACAAGGUGAAGGUUGCAGUGGAGAAAGACACCGGCAUUCUGAGAAAUGAAGCUGAGAUAGCAGAAGAAAGAGUUGCAGAGCUAGCCCGUGACUUGAUGGAGAUGGAACAGAAGUUACUGACAGUCACCGAAGAGGCACAGGAGCUCCGUGUCGAGAAUGCAUCCUUUGGGAAAGCCAUGGAUUCCUUGCAGAGCAGUAGAGAGGAGACCCUCAAGGAGUUAGAGGCACUUAGAAGCAAGGACACCAAGCUGAUACUGGCUCAGGUACAUGAAGAAAGGGACCAGCUUGCAGAAGAGCUGGCACGGAUCAAAUUGGUGCACGAGGGCACACAGAAAUCCUCCGCAAGUCAUUCCCAACAGGAAGUGCAGAGUCUACGGAAUGCCCUGUCAGCACUACAGUGUGAGAGGGAGAGACUGCUGGUGGAGCUAAAGAAGCUGCAGGAUCAGCAUUUGCGUUUUGGUCAAGAAGCAGGAGAGAUGAAUCGCUUGCAAGAGGAGAUUAAACGACUCCGGGAAGACGAGAAGGACAGUCGGGCGUUACUGCAACAAUUGGACAUACUCAGGGCAGAGAAGGAGACAUUGCGGAUGCAGUCCCAGCAUGCUCAGCAACAAUACCUGGAUGCCCUCUCUGGCAAAGAACAGCAGCUGACAGAACUGAAGAAACUGCUACAAGAAGCAAGGUCAUCAGGCAGUCAGGAGCAGGUUGUGCCAGGGUCAGACAGUGUGCCUGCUGAGAGCCAGCACUUGCAGAUUCAGCUUGAUGACUAUCUGAAGCAGCUGCACCAGAAAGAGCUGAGGGUUGAGCAGCUAAACAGCAAGCUUUCCCAGAUGUAUGAGGAGAAAGCCUCCCUUGUUGCCCAGGUACGGGGAAGCAGCCAAGGUUUGCGAGACGCCCAGUUGAGACUAAGUGAGAUGCAGGGCCGGUGUACUGCUCUCCAGAGCCAGCUGCAAGAACUGCAGGAUGAGAAGGGAUCCUCAGAAGUUGACACUGCACCAGGGGCACCUCAGGAGAAAGGCACUAUGGAGACUGACAGGACCUUCAAUGAUCUCAAGGAGCUGCAGCAGAGGCUAAGAGCUGCUGAAGAUCAGGAGGGCCUUUUUCGGCUAGACCUACAGCAGCUUGAAGAGAAACUAGCAGAAGAGCAGGACAGGAGACUAGCAUUAGAGGAGGUGCUGGCUGCAGCUGACGAGCAGAGGACGCACCUUCAAGCGACCGGCUGGACUUCAACAUCGGACACAAAUCUUCAUGAACGUACACUACUUAUCGAGUCAGGGGAUGUCUCAGUCUCCAGGACCCGCAGCUCAGCUCCAAGGAUGAAGCGUCUCCUGCGUUCACUGCUGUGCUCCCGCCAUCGCACACCUCUGCUUGCAUCUGUGUACCUGGUGACUGUCCACGUUCUGCUGCUGCUCUGUUUCACUGGUCACCUUUGAGAGAGACAGAACUGUUGGAGGCAUCAAGGAAUUGAGCCAGGUCACCUGUUCCAACUCCUCCAUGCACAAGCACUUUAAGAAGUGACCUGUAGAAGCUGGUACACUGUGAGAAUUGUGAGGGCAGGGGGGAGACUCAAAAAAUGGGCACUUGAGACUGGCUGCAUAACUGUGCCCUAUGCUCUCUUCCCUCAUGACACUACAUUCCGCUAGCCUGUUGACUGCUUGUCCAGGUCUCAGUAACUUAAACUUGUUUUCAUUGGUGGUGUUCCAAGCCAAACUCAAGACCGAAGUAGUACCCAAAUGUUCCUCAUUGAAUUACUAAAGGAGGCCACUUGACGCAGUAAUCUGGCAAGCCCCCCUCCUCCUCCUCUUCCUCUGACAAUGCUAUCCCUAGCCCUGCCUCAGUCACUCUCUGCAUUCCUUAGUAAUGCCAGAACUGUGGUAGGCCUCUGUGCAAAUACUUUGAGGUGUGCUCCUAUGCUGACCAGUGCCUUCCUCCUUCUAAGGACAAGUGAACAGAAUAAUUGACUCAAGGAUGGUCUUAGUGGGCUAAGGUGAGAUUUAAUAUGGACUCUUGUAUUUUUUAACUGUUCAACUUCUGUAACCAUCUACAUUUAGUUCCUGAUUUUCUAAUAAACUUUUGGGCUAAUGUA